AUGCCGCUUUCAUACAAGAGGAAGAAUUAUGAUGGUGCACGGGACGAUGCCGGCCUCAUAGUGGAGAGGGCGGAUGUAUUUAUCUAUGAGCUGUUCGGUCAAAUUGAGACUAUCAGGAUGCCAUGGACGCGGCCAAAUCGCCGCCGUCGUACUCGCUCAAGUCGAAGAAGUGAGAAGCGAUUACCCUCCCUAUCGGAUCUGAAGGUGCAGAGAGCUCCCAAGACCGACCCGAAUCCAAUGGGGGUGAAAAUGUCCGGGAAGCCGACAGAUUCCCCGAGGCGGUUGCGCAAUCUUUGCACGGCGAUGUCGAUCGAAGAAAUCAGGGAGGCGGACAUGUAG